CAAUAGAAAGAGCGAAACCCCCGCUCCCCCCUCCUCCCUCUCCUCCCCCGGGAGAACAGAGACAGACGGACAGAGGACGCACAGGCAGCGAGGCAGACGGGGACGAAAGUUUAAUACCUAGUAGCGGAUCGGCGAUGGGCAAAUAAACACGAUGGAGCGUUACGCCGCGAGGUGUUGACUGUCCAGGUGAGAGAAGGAAGGAGACGGAGCGAGAGUACGCGCGCGGGAGGCAACUACUAGAGGACUAGUGAGACAGAGAGAGAGAGAGAGAGAGACACGGUGGUAAUUAGACUGAGGGAGAGAGAGAGAGAGAGGGGGGAGAGUGCGAGUGCCCGCGAUCGGCGGCAGCGACCGCGGGAUUGUAACACACGUUGCGGAGGACGACCCGAGUCUUGAUGCCGAUGCCGGCCGAAUACCACGAGGGCCACAGCAACCACGAGAACGCCAAUUUCGCUCUCGGGACCACGCAGGACGCGGACGACAUGACGGCCAACAUGUACCGGGUGGGAGAUUACGUGUAUUUUGAGACCACCAACUCAUCGCCGUAUCAGAUCAGGAGGAUAGAAGAAUUAAAUAAGACCGCGAGCGGCAAUGUGGAAGCAAAAGUGAUGUGCUUCUUCAGGCGGAGGGAUUUACCGCCCACCUUGGUUAUGCUGGCGGACAAACACCAAUUGGCAAGCGCGGAGCAGCAGAGGUCAGAAUCCCCUGCGAGUACACAGAAUCAGAAACUCGAGAAUCCCGACACUGCUAAGGAAAUGACUAAUAAAGAUGGUAUCGGGCCCAAAGUGAUGAUCAAAGGGGGCGGUAAAGGGGGCUGGCUGAAGGCCCCAUUAUCGGAGGCCCAAGAGCCCCACGGGAUGGAAGAAGGUAUCCCUGGAGGAGUAACGGAAUUGAGUUCUAAGCAACGUCACCAAAUGAAACACAGAGAACUGUUUUUAUCACGACAAGUGGAGACGCUGCCAGCCACGCAUAUUAGGGGCAAAUGCUGCGUUACGUUAUUGAAUGAAACCGAAUCCGCGACAAACUAUAUAAACAGGGAUGAUUCAUUUUUUUACUGCUUAGUAUUUGAUCCUGCUCAGCGUACUUUGCUUGCUGACAAAGGCGAAAUUAGAGUAGGUAACAGAUAUCAAGCAACAGAUAUACCGGCGGUAUUGACGCACGCAGAGAAAGAAGCGGAUACUCGCAGGUUACAAGACUUGGAGACUUUGAUUUGGACUCCGAGACAUAAUUUGACGGAUCGUCAGAUUGAUCAAUUCCUCGUCGUUAGUAGAUCAGUAGGCACCUUCGCGAGAGCCUUAGACUGUUCGUCCUCCAUUAAGCAGCCCUCCUUGCACAUGUCCGCAGCUGCUGCAUCUAGAGAUAUCACUCUUUUUCACGCGAUGAACACAGUGCAUCUGCAUAGCUAUGACUUAGCGAAUGCCAUAGCAUCUCUAGUACCUAGCACCGGCCCCAUAUUGUGCCGAGACGAAAUGGAAGAGUGGAGCGCAUCCGAGGCGAAUCUGUUCGAAGAGGCGCUCGAGAAAUACGGGAAGGAUUUUGCCGAUAUACGAGCAGAUUUUUUACCGUGGAAAUCGCUCAAGAAUGUCAUAGAGUACUAUUACAUGUGGAAAACGACGGAUCGCUAUGUCCAGCAGAAAAGAGUAAAGGCUGUAGAAGCGGAGAGUAAACUGAAGCAAGUUUAUAUACCAAAUUAUCCAAACAAGACUCCUAUGUCGACAACUGCUCCUUCGACCGCCAGUAUUGUUCCAUUGAGCAAUAGUAACAGCAAUAGCAACGGAAAGCCGACCAGUGUUUUGAAUGGUAAUAGUAACGGUAGUAUGGUAGGUGACAAUUCCGGAAUACUUAUGGUCGGAGUCGGUGGGAAGCCAUGCGAGGGUUGUCAAGCCACCCAAAGUCCACACUGGUACGCUUGGGGACCAUCGCACAUGAAUUACCGGCUUUGCCACGCAUGCUGGAUAUACUGGAAGAAGUAUGGAGGACUCAAGUCGCCCUCACGUCUAGACGACGUCGAUCUCGAGAGGAAACGCGCCGGUGCCGGGUCGGAUGAAGAGAGCAAGGGGAUGGGCGGCGCGCACAGGCCGCAUCGAUGCAGCAUUCCCUCCUGCGGGAAGGAGUUUAAACUGAAAGCUCAUUUGAGCCGUCACUACGCGAGCGCGCACGGAGUAGAUCUGCGUGGCGCCGCCGGAAGUGGCGGCGGCGGUGGUGGAUCGCCACGGCCGAUCAUGAAGACCCGGUCCGCGUUCUAUCUACGCACCUCCUUGCUGGCGCGUGCAGCGCGACGUUUGUGCGCCACGCAGUUGCGCACACGUCACGCCGCACGAGCACCCCAUCAGCCGGUGAAUGCCGCGCCGUUGCGGCAUCUAUGCGCCCAGCUGGCAUCCAAGACGUCUACGGAGCUGCGUAUCCUUGCACGCCCCGUACGGCUUCGGUCGCGUCCCCAAGUGAUCGACAUCGCUUCGCGUUUAGGCAAUCAUCCAGCACCACGGCAGCCCGGCGACUGGGACUGGCUGACGCUAACUUCUCCAGCGCAACGCAAGCAGCCCGACCGAGUCUCAUUUCCACGUCCGCCAAAGGCACCGGACGGCAGUCUUUUGUAUGAGAGGGUACCAAACAAGCCUGAAGUGGACAGGCUUACGUUGACGCCACCCCAGCCGCAGCCUGUCAUGUCGACUCCGCAGAAUAUCCUGAAACGCACAAGACCAUUUGAUGAAAUCAAUGGUUCCGAUAAUCUCGCCCUGAAUGCAGGACUUCCUUCUGGUGCACCACCCACGAAAAGGGCUCAUCAUCCACAACAACUACAUCCGAAGCACACGCUGGAACACCCCACGCCUGCAGUUCUUCCUCUUGCGCCGCCCCUUAACGGUAGGGCCUCUCAUCCACAUAUGCUGCCUCAUGGUCCACCGCUGUCCAGAAGUAACGCACGUAAGCAAGUCAUGUCGUGGAUGGACGCGCCCGAUGAUGUUUACUUCCGCGCCACCGAACAGAUCAAAAGAGUUAGAAGAACUAUGGCCUCGGUGGAGUUACGAAGAGCGGCACGCAAACCGUGGCGCAGAAUGUCACUUCCCGUGAAUCCGUUUCACCUCCAAAGAGCAGGUCGCCAAGAUGAUACGGUCGUUAUCUUGGAUUGAAUCCGCAUAAUCAGGACGAAAACAAUUUGAUGAUACUGACGUUGGUUUGCUAACCGCGAGGAGUGACGCUGUUAACGUAAUCUUUAAUCAAGUGAAACUAUAUAUAGUGAAGAUUACAGUUUUGUGUAUUGUCCUCGGCAGCUCCGAUCGAGCAACAAUCGUUAACUUUAGAAUUGGAAGAUUUUGAAAGCUCAUUCAUGACGAGAUUUCUUUUUCUUCUCUUGAAAAGCGAGCAAAUCGUGGUAAUAGAAAAAAAGGCCUCGCUUGACCGAACAUGUUGAACAAUCGUGAACAUUGAACUGUAACAACUUCACUACUUAUGGAGUACUACUGAAGAAUUAAUGUUCAGCAAACUAAGUCAUUUACAUGAUUUUCUAUCCGUAUUAAUUAUUGUUGUUAUUAAUAAUAAUUAUUAAUAAUUGAAUGUACAUAUACAUACUACACAUACAACAUGCAAUACAUGGCUACACAACAUGACAAGACAAAUAUACAUAUACAAAUCACAAACAUUCUUAAUAUAUGUAUACAUGAACACAUCCAAGUACCGAAAGGCGAUCGGUACGAAUUUAAUAGUUAUAAAAAAAAUAAUGGCCGCUACCUGCAGAUAAGCUCAUAAAUAGCUGCGCACAGAAAACAAUGAUACAAUUUUCGAAUAACAUUUGAAACGGAGUAUAUUUCUAAGUAUAUAUGUAUGUUUAAAUAUUAUAUUUAAACAUGUAUACAUUUUAAAAUAUACUUCAAAAUUGAUACCAAAAUGUUUUACGGAAGUUAAUUAUUCAUUCAAGCGUUGUGUUUUCUGGACACAACUAUCGUUAAGGUCAUGCAGGUAACAGAGACGAAUAUCUGAUAGGGAGUGAAUGUAAACGAGAGAAAGAGAGAGUGUUGACGAGAGAAUAUGUAACCGAAUGAGAGAAUAUGUAACCGAGCAAGAGAGAAUGAAUUAGUAUGUAUGGGAGACAGAAAGAAGGAAUGCUCAUUGUGAAUAUUUUUAUUAAAUUUUCAAGUUUGAUGA